AUGCCCCAUCACAUCAUCAGUCAGACCAAGAAGCAUCCAAUCUUGAUCACCAUCUUUGUAUUUAUUGGAGCUGUAGGUACAGGGAAAGUGCUGUGUGUCAUGUGCCUGGCAUUGUUCAAUCCAGAUGUCCGUUGGGACAAAAGGAGUAACCGAGAACCCUGGAAUAAGCAGGGUCCCAAAGAACAAUAUAAAUUCUACUUAAUGACUAUAGAUUACAGCAGACUGAAGAAAGAAGGUCCAGACAUCUAA